UGUGUGGAUACCCUCUCAGCAUCUUCUUCAUUGUAGUGAACGAGUUCUGUGAGAGGUUCUCCUACUAUGGAAUGAGAGCGGUUCUGGUUCUGUACUUUAAGUACUUCUUAAAAUGGGACGACGACUUGGCCACCUCCAUCUACCACACCUUCGUGGCCCUCUGCUACCUGACCCCCAUUCUCGGGGCCAUCGUGGCCGACUCCUGGCUGGGGAAGUUCAAGACAAUUAUCUACCUGUCCAUUGUCUACGCCGUCGGCCAGGUGGCGAUGGCGGUCAGUGCGAUCCAUGACAUCACAGAUACAAACAGAGACGGGACUCCUGACAACAUGACCUUUCAUGUGGUUUUGUCCAUGGUGGGCCUCUUCCUCAUCGCUCUGGGCACCGGUGGCAUCAAACCUUGUGUGGCUGCGUUCGGUGGAGACCAGUUUGGAGAUCACCAGGAAAAACAAAGGAGAACCUUCUUCUCAGUUUUCUAUCUGUGCAUCAACGGUGGAAGUCUUUUGUCGACCAUCAUCACUCCAAUCCUCAGAGCUCAGGACUGCGGCAUUUACAGUCAGCAGAAAUGUUAUUCUCUUGCUUUUGGAGUCCCUGCAGCGCUGAUGGUGGUCGCACUCAUUGUAUUUAUCGUCGGGAGUGGCAUGUACUACAAAGCUAAACCUGAGGGGAACAUCAUGCUGGAUGUGUGUAAAUGUAUAGGGUUUGCCAUAAAAAAUCGCUACAGACACAGAAGCAGCAAAUACCCGAAGAGGGAGCACUGGAUGGACUGGGCCGAGGAAAAAUAUGGUAAACUCCUCAUUGCUCAGAUAAAAAUGGUGCUGAAGGUCCUGUUUUUAUACAUCCCUCUGCCGAUGUUCUGGACCCUGUUCGAUCAAAAGGGUUCAAGAUGGACUCUGCAAGCCACAACGAUGGAUGGAAAUUUUGGGUCAAUUGUUAUUCAGCCGGAUCAGAUGCAGACGGUCAACCCCAUCUUUAUCCUGACUCUGGUGCCAAUUAUGGACAGCGUGAUUUACCCUCUCAUCAAAAAGUGUGGUCUGAACUUUACACCUCUGAAGAGAAUGACCGUGGGAAUGUUUCUGGCUGCUGUUGCUUUUGUCUGCGCAGGUGUGGUCCAGCUUCAAAUCGAUAAAACCUUGCCCAUCUUCCCAUCCACCUCCCAGAGCCAGUUAAAGUUACUGAACAUGGGGAACAACUCCAUCACGGUCCAGCUUACGGGCAAUAAGACGGUGAAUCUGCAUCCACAUUGGGCCAGCGACGACUAUUUCACUUUUGAAGAAGAGCAAAUUGACGUCACAGUCGGCAGCCCUUCAUUUACAAAAAGAAUUGUUUUGACCAAAAAUGAGCGACAAACUCUUCUCUUCCCCUCAAGCAUCAGUGACGAGUGGCAGCUGAUGGAGGAUUUAACUUCCAAGCCACAAGAGGGAAACAAUGCAAUCCGGUUUGUUAAUGGAAUGAGCAGAGCGGUAAAUGUCUCUGUUGCUGGAGCCUCCUUUGGACAAAUUCAGCCCCUUUAUUUUUCUAACUACUCCCAGAUAAAAAAUGGAAGGAAAGCGUUCACCUUGCAGAGCGGCUCACAGUCGUGUGAGUUCAGCAGAGAGUUUGGAUUUGGAAGUUCCUACACGUUCCUCAUCCCCAGCACCAUGACGUUUGGAACAAAC